UGACGUGGCAUUAAAUGUAGUGGACGGGACGCUUCUUCAACAACAGCUAAUCAGCCACCUCGGUAUCUUGCUAGCCAACAUAGCCGAAACGUUGGAGCUCUUUAGACGUUUUCGGUGUAUAUUAGUCAAUGUGUUUUAAACACACGUCUGUCGUAGCUACUAGUCAACCAAUUCCCCCACCCCGUAUUUACGUUGUUAGUUAGCUAGCUAACUUAGCACAAGGCUAGUCGCUUAUGCUAACUAGCUAGCUAAAAUCCCUGACCAUGAGCUCACCAAGGGACUCCCCGCCUGCUAAAGAAGAGGACGUCUGCUGGACCGAGAAACAGGGUCUGUGGCUUAAUAUUGUCGUGAAAGAAGAGGAGGAAGAGAAGGACGUCACAGUGAAAGGCGAUGAAGAAGCUUCCAGAGUGAAAGAGGACGAGACUGGAGAUCUGAUUAACACCACAGGUGAAAGACCAGACUCUCACAGAGGGAAAAGUCCUUCAGGGGAACCAGACCCACAGAAGACCAAACCAGCAAGACCACACCACUGCUCCCAGUGUGGAAAGUGUUUUAGACACUCGGGUAACCUGAAAACGCAUGAGAUGAUACAUACAGGAGAGAAGCCAUAUCAAUGCUCCCAGUGUGGAAAGGGUUUUAGACUCUCAGGGCAUCUAAAAGUGCAUGAAAGAACACACACUGGAGAGAAGCCAUAUCUAUGCUCCCAGUGUGGAAAGGGUUUUGGACACUCGGGCAAUCUAAAACUGCAUGAAAGAACACACACUGGGAAGAAGCCAUAUCUAUGCUCCCAGUGUGGAAAAGAAUUUUUCUCAUCUGGGGACCUGAAAAAACAUGAGAGAACGCACUUAGUAGAGAGGCCUUUCCAAUGUGACCAAUGUGGAAAGAGAUUUAUUCAGUCAGCGCAUCUGAGAGAUCACGAGAGAAUACACCCAGGAGAACAACCAUUCCACUGCUCCUUGUGUGGGAAAAGUUUUACCCAUUCAUGGAACCUGAAAAUGCAUGAGAUGACACACACAGGAGGAAAGCCUUUCAGCUGCUCCCAGUGUGGAAAAAGUUUUAGCCAGUUAGGGACCUUGAAAAAGCAUGAAAUGACACACACAGGAGAAUGAUAGAAGCCUUUCCACUGCUCCCAGUGCGGAGGGGUUUACUUGGUUAGGGAAUCUGAAAAACGCAUGAGCGAACACACAGGGGAGAAGCCCUACCACUGCUCAGACUGUGGAAAUAGAUUUUCCCAGCUAGGCUCCCUGAAAUCACAUGAGUGGACACACACUGUGGAAAAGUUUUACCUAGUUAGGGAACUUGAAAAUGCAUGAGAUGACACACAACAGGAGAGAUGCCUUUCCACUACUCCCAGUGUGGAAAGAGUUUUAGAAAUGCAGGGAACCUGAAAGUGCAUGAAAGAGGGCACUAUGGAGAGAAGCCUUUCCAAUGCUCUCAGUGUGGAAAUACAUUUUCCCUGUCAGAGGACCUGAAAUCACAUUGACUUAAGAUAUUGUGUUUUGGUUUAUGCCACAUCAUAUCAAUGUAUACGAAAGCUUACUCAAAAACAGGGUUACUUUUGUUUUUCUUUAAGACAUGAUAAAUAUCUCAAAUCAAAAUAUAUAUUUUUAAAUGUGUAUUAAUUAUGAAGUAUAGAUUUGAAUGUUGGUAUUUAAAAAUGUAAAUUAUUAUUACAGAUGAAUAGAAUGUACAUUUCUAGAUUCUAACCUUGAAACCUAUUGGAUAUGAUUUGGGUUCUCAGAUACUAAAGACGUUUGAUUGGAUGCAUGAUUUGGAUAUUGCAAAGUGUAAAUUAUUAGAUCAGGAUCAAAACUGGUGGAGAAACAAAAAUAGCAUCAAUAGGUAAGUAUACCAGUUUCAUUUGAGUACCAGGAUGUUGACAAGAGGGUUUUUUUUGGGGGGGGGGGCUGUGUGUGGGUCUUGGAUGGUUGGUGGCCUGGCGUUUGAGACCUUGGGCCGGUGGCCCGAGAGGUUGCUGGUUUGGGUCCCUGAUUCGACUGGGUGUGAGAUCUGUCAAUUUGCCCCUUGGCGUGGCGCUUGACCCAAGUUACUGUUGUGGGUCGCUUUGGAUGGGAUUGGCUGCUAGAUGACUGAAUGCAAUGUAAAUAUUGAGUGGCUUCACUGCAGGUAGAUUGUAUGUAUGAUUUUUUUUUUUCAAAUUCAAUAAAAUUUAAAAAAUGUAA